AGCUGGGAAAAGCAGGAAUGCACCUAAUGUAAAACUCCACGGAGUGGACAGGUACAGACAAGGGGCGACGUUAAUGUUUUAUCACUGACAAACGGAGCGGAACUGAGAGUGCUGCUGAUGUGGUUGCAGAGGUGAUGGACCAGUCAAAGCGAGUGUCCUUGUGGACGGUGGAGGAAGUGUUGGAGUGGGUGCAGGAUCAGUAUCCAGCCCAGAUGAACAAACUCCACAAAGCCAUCAUUAAACACGACAUAUCAGGCCGCGCGUUGCUGAGAUUAAAGGAUCAUCACCUGGAGCUUCUCGGGGUGGAAGCUGAGGAGCAGCAGCAGGAAAUGUUGCAGGACCUUCUCCUCCUCAGAGUUCAGGAGGAAAUCAAUGAACUGAGCGACAUCUGCUCGGACUGUUUCUCUCUGUAAUAAAUCUCCAGGAGAAGUGCCGCUGUCCCCCCCUUUUCUUAAUUUCCCUUCCAUCCAUUCAUCCGUGUGAAGUGAAGAGAGAAAUGUGCGAGUGAAAGAAAACACAGAGAGAAAGAAGAAUCAAUGAGGAAUGAAGAGACAGAAACCUAUUUCCUGGAUGAAAUCCGACCUGGGCAGACGGAUGAGAUUAGUUUUUGUCUUUUGCGCACUGUCCAUUAGUCCCUGUCUUUUUUUCCCCUUUUUCUCAAUAAUGGGUUUUUUAUUCCAACAGAGUUUUAUGAUGCACAGAGUAUUGACUUGUUUUUUUUUACCCAAGUAACAAGACUGACAAACCUCAAUGGACAAUAUUUGUCCAUUGUGUAAUUGGAUGACACGUUGGAGUUAUCAAAUCUAAACCAGACGCUUACAGGAAAUUGUGGACAUGAUAUGUGGCCUGAU